CUGAUGAUAGAUGGUGUAUCAGGUGUUCUCCAUCGUGGUGUUUGGCUCCAUUGUCAAUGAAGGGUACGUGAACCGCCUGGACGAGACACAAGAGCACUGCAUUUUCAACCGCAAUCGCAAUGCCUGCAACUAUGGCAUUACCGUGGGUGUCCUUGCCUUCCUCAGCUGCCUUCUUUACCUGGCUCUAGAUGCCUACUUCCCGCAGAUCAGCAGCGUCAAGGACCGCAAGAAGGCAGUGCUCUCGGACAUCGGAGUUUCGGCCUUUUGGGCAUUCCUCUGGUUCGUUGGCUUCUGCUUUCUGACCAACCAGUGGCAAGCUUCAAAAAAAGAGGACAACCCAAUGAAUGAGGGAGGGGAUGCAGCCCGAGCAGCCAUCACGUUCUCGUUCUUCUCCAUCUUCACCUGGGGCUUCCUCACGUUUCUGGCUUUCCGGAGACUCAGAGACAUUACUUUUCAGGAAGAAUACAACACCCUGUUCCCUAACUCCCCAUCCUUGCUGCCUUAGUGCCCCUUACUGAUGGGGGUAUUUUAGGGAAGAGGUGGAGGGAUGCAGCUGGAGGUUACUGAGCACAGACAGUUCCAACGCCUCGACCACGGGCGUCCGUGUGUGGUCACGGCAGGGCACAGGGUGGGAAGAGAUGGGCUAUUGAACCGGAGUGGGCCAGGUUGCCCACUGAAUGGGGGAUCUCCCUCUGGGGAGUUGGAACUGGCGAUUUCUCCUCCUCCUCUGCUGCCCCCUUCUCUCCCUCACCUGUACCCUAACUAAUGCUGCGUAACACCGCUGUGCCUUUCUUUUGGUGACUGCUCAGACCUAAUACUUCAGCCAGGAGAUGCCCUCUGCCCCCACCACUCUAUCAUCUCCUCCAUUUUGCCCAGCCCUCAUUCCCCAAAAACCUCUAACCCGUCACCUACUAGACCGCUUACCUCUAUCAGGGAUGCUCUGGGACAACAAGCCAUGCCUGCUGGUGUCUGCGAUGCUGAACCCCGUGCCCGAGCUCCCUCAGUCCACCAAAGGGUGUCCUGCCUGCAGUGCCUGGGGUGGGAGGCAGCAGUAUGUUUGCUAACUGUCCCCUGGUCUGGGAAGCAGCCGCCUUGCCUCCUUCUGCUCCUUCCUAAGGAGCAUGCUGCACCGUGCAGAUGUUGGACAGUGAAGGGGUUACGGGGGGUGACCACUACCUCGCUACUCCAGGUCAAAUCCUGCUCUCCUUCCUGGCCUCUGCAGGCAAAAUGGCUGCGUACAUCCAGCCUGGCA